AUGACAACGAGAUGGAGGUCCUCUGCGGAUUUCCUCACCGGCAGGGAGCGGAGGUGUAAAGGGGAGGGGCGGGGGCGGGCGGGGAGGGCAGCUGAGGAGCUUUGGCUGCCCGUUCGGCCUGAGGAGAUGGACAAAGAGUACGAGAGACGGCUGCUGAGGCAAAUCAACCACCAGAACCUGCCAACGGAGGCCCGGCUGAACAAGAGUUCGGGUGCAGCCUGCGGUCCUGUCGGGGUGAAGUCGGGGGACCGCUUCAUUCCCACGCGCGCCGGAAGCAACUGGAGCAUCAACUUCCACUACGCUAACGAGAACUGCCGCUCCCCUGCUCAGAACCACAAAGCCAAGGACGCCAGUUCAGAUUCAAGCAAAGGUCCGUGGACCCCCGACGCCUCCCACCCCCCCAGUGCUCUGCUCCUGGCUCACGCUGUGGCGUACGCGGCCCUGCUGAGGAACGAGCUGCUGGGGGCGGGGAUCGAGACGGUGCCAGACCCCCACACGGACGACCGGCGGCAUGCGGUCCUGGCUCAGGACUCCCACGGCCUUUUUAGGUACACUGUCCACACUAAGAGAGUGCCUUUCGAUAGCGAUAAUGAAGUCUCACCGUACUCCCUCUCGCCACUUAGCAACAAGAGUCACAAGCUGCUCCGUUCCCCGCGCAAACCAGCGCGGAAAAUCUCCAAGAUCCCCUUCAAGGUGCUGGACGCCCCGGAGCUGCAGGACGACUUCUACCUCAACCUGGUGGACUGGUCGGCGGGCAACCUGCUGAGCGUGGGGCUGGGGGCUUGCGUCUACCUGUGGAGUGCCUGCACCAGCCAGGUGACGCGGUUAUGCGAUCUGUCGGUGGAUGGGGACUCGGUGACGUCGGUCUGUUGGAACGAGCGGGGCAGCCUGGUGGCCGUCGGAACCCACAAGGGCUAUGUCCAGAUCUGGGAUGCAGCGGGAGGGAGGAAGCUGACCAGUCUGGAGGGCCACUCAGCCCGAGGCAGCAGCGGCCAAUCGUUCCCAGCUGACGUCCAACUCCCAGCCAAUCAGAAACGCGAGAACAGCUCUGUGCCCCGUGCUCCAGGUGCCCUGGCGUGGAACGGCGAGCAGCUGUCGUCCGGGAGCCGGGACCGAGUCAUCCUGCAGCGGGACAUCAGAACCCCCCCCUCUGCCGAGAGGCGGCUGCAAGGCCACAGGCAGGAAGUGUGCGGCCUCAAAUGGUCCCCCGACCAUCAGCACCUCGCCUCCGGAGGCAACGACAACAAGUUGUUGGUGUGGAACAGCUCCAGCCUCCUGCCCGUGCAGCAGUACAGCGACCACCUGGCCGCAGUGAAGGCCAUCGCCUGGUCCCCGCACCAGCACGGGCUGCUGGCCUCGGGCGGGGGCACCGCUGACCGCUGCCUCCGCUUCUGGAACACACUCACGGGUCAGGCGCUGCAGAGCACCGACACGGGCUCCCAGGUGUGCAACCUGGCCUGGUCCAAACACGCCAACGAACUGGUGAGCACCCAUGGCUAUUCUCAGAACCAGAUUCUGGUGUGGAAGUAUCCAUCACUAACACAGGUGGCCAAGCUAACAGGACACUCCUACAGAGUCCUGUAUCUGGCCGUGUCCCCAGAUGGAGAGGCCAUUGUAACGGGAGCCGGGGACGAAACACUACGCUUCUGGAACGUCUUCAGUAAGACGCGCUGCACCAAGGAAUCAAAGUCGGUGCUGAACCUCUUCACAAGAAUACGAUAG